AGAGUCGCAGACCCUUUCGGGGGCGCCUCUCAGGGCUGUUCACCGCAGGAAAUGCUUCAACUCUAGCCGGGCUCAGCAUUGGCGACGGAUCCCAUAACACGGCCGGCUUCCUGCGCUCCGCCUUCUUGCAAGCAGCGCCAUGGCGGUGAAAGGUCAGAGGGGAAAAGGCUCCUGGCAAUGAUGGCGGAAGAGAAGCCGGGGAGCGCCUCGAAGGGCCGAAGUCACCGCAGACGCGCUGGAAAUAAACAGACCAAGACUUUGAAGAAUGAAGAUGCUGCUCAAAGGAAAGCAGCACUUGAGGCUGCCAUUAGAAAGAAGAUUGAAUGUGAGAGAAAAGCCUUGCAUAUUGUUGAACGUCUGUUGGAAGAUGAUAUUACUGACGAGUUCUUUGUGGAUUGUGGGAAAUACAUAACACCUGCUCACUAUAAGGAUGUUGUAGAAGAACGAUUUAUCAUCAAAUUAUGUGGCUAUCCUAUAUGUCGAAAGAGGCUAGAAAAUGUGCCAAAACAAAUGUACAGGAUUUCAACAAAAACCAACAAAGUUUAUGAUAUCAGUGAACGAAAGUGCUUUUGCAGCAACUUUUGUUACAGGGCAUCAAAAUACUUUGAAGGUCAAAUUUCCAAAAGUCCAGUAUGGCUACGAGAAGAAGAAAGGCCCCCUGACAUUGAAUUAUUAAAGGAAGGAGAAAGUGGCUACUCAGGGAAAGAAGUAAAACUUGUUGCUGAAGCAAUUAGAACUUCUGAUGUUGAAGCCUCUGACCAAGCACCGAUCCAAGCGGACUCUGGCACAGAGACGGAGAGCAGCAGCGAUGCUGAGCAAGAAUUUGUUUCUUUUGUUCUAGCAGAGAAUGUAUCCAAUUUGAAGAAGCUGGAGCAUCAGGUGCCCAGAAGGAGCACACUCAAAAAGAAGCACGUUGAAAGAGCGGGCCUUGAGUCCAGCAGCACAGAGGAUGCAGCUAAAGAUGCUGCAGAGCAAUUAAGCAGAUGCAAGUUUGAUGCCCCAGAAGAGAAUCAUGCUGGUCCAGAUAACUCACAAGUGAAAAUAAGUGACAUUUCCCCUGAAACUAGGGAAAAAACAGAAGGCUGGGGAGAUAGCUCUAGUGGCUCAUCUGUGGUUUUCCUGGGUGUAAGCAAAAAUGGGGCAGAACAAUUUAAGAGGUUGCUUGCCAGAUCAAAACAGCCAGUCUGUUGUGGACUGAAAGGCCUAGCUGACCCUCUUGCCACUAAGAGCAACUUGCUAGAAGGGCUCCGGCAAACAUUUACCGAAUGGAGGACUGAGGAUACACUGAAGCUUCUCCACUGCUGCAGCUCUGUGGCUGCAGAGGAACCCUUGGACAGCUGCAAGGUGGUACAACUUGAUGAGGAUGAUUUUGAUAGCAUUGAUGAUCUUAAUUAUGGAACUUCUAAAACAGACUUGGAGCCCUGUUCAGACCCGACUGUGCCUAUCAGGGGAAACAGGGAUGAAGCAUCUAAACCUUUGCCAAGCUAUGACAAGCUAAGGGAGGACGCAGCUCUGUUGGAGUCAAGGGUGAAAGAAUUUUAUGGAGGAAAGGUGAUUUUGGCUGAAAAAGGUUUGAUGAUGCAAUCAGGAGGAGACCAGCACCAAACCAGUAAGGAUUUUCAGCAAUGGACGUCUGCCUUUCCUCUUGUAGAUUCUAAUUCUCAACAGAAAAUUCGAAAGAGGAUUGUUCUUGAAAAGCUUCAGAAAGUAUUGCCCAAUGUUCUGGGACCUCUUCAUAUUCCUCUUGGUGAUGUGUACAAUGAACUUAAAAAUCUUGUUAAAACCUUUGCGUUAACCAAUAAAAAUAUCAUUCACAAAACUCCAGAAUGGACCCUUAUUGCCCUUGUGCUAUUGUCUGUAUUGUCACAGUCUAUUCCUGCCUUUGCACGUUCACAGCGGAGUCCAGUAUAUACGCAGUUCUUGACUACUUUGUUUGAUGAACUACAUUUCACAUAUGAAGACUUUGAAAGUUUAACAGAAUUAUUUAGAAGUGACUGCUUCCUUCACUGAGUAUGAUGAUUAUCCAGAACUGUUUCCUUUGCUGGAGACCUUCUGCAGGGUCAUCAGACAACAAAAUUUCCAGCACACAGGGUCUUACCAUCAUCAGUCUACUUCCUAUGAAUGACAGUUUUUCAAGACAGCAAAGUACACCAUCACUCCAUGUGCCAGUCAAAAUGAAGAUUUUAUGAUGAAAAAUCAACUUUUCCUAAAAGGCACAGGAAAAACACCCAAGAAAAUCUACCCAGCUGUUCUGCUGUCUUCAUCAAAUUGCACCAAGGAGAUGCCAAAGAAACCUUUAGUUUUGCAUAAGGAUCUUGUGUAAUUGAAAUUAUUUGACACCACAGACACAUUUUACUGCUCUUAAUUUGUCAAUUUUCAAGAAAGUAGCACCUUGCAGUGUGUUUCAUUUUAUUAAUAAAGUUCCAUAGACAUCAUUUUGGUUUUUUGUUUUAUCACAAAAUAAUAUCUACUAGACCUAAUGGGAUGAUAUUUUUAAUGAAUUGGUUCUUGGAAUGUUUUACAGACCAUACCUCUUAUUGUUUCAUGACAGUAUUUCUUUAACAGUACAAAUUCUUAUUUGCAUCUACAGAAACCAGAGCAAAGGGGGUCACCCAAUUACAUUUUAGGAUGACGUUCCACAUAUGUUAUCUCUGCAGCAUUUGCUGUUCUAUAUGUUAGUUUGCUAGAAAAGCCACAAUCCUGCACCUUGUAUGUGUGCAGAAGAGUUUCACAGCAGUGUGUCCAUUCUCUGCAGCCAAGUAUAUUAGGUAGGUUCCAGAGAAGCGCAAAGUAAUGUUUCUGACCAUUUCAGGACCUUUACUUUCACAGGGUUUUAUUUUUAUAUUUCCUGUGGGCUUUUCAGAAUGAUUUGCACAGUUUUAUUUUGGUCUCAGUCUUCAGUGUCUGGUUACAAAGUUUGCAAAGCAUUUACUUUAAGAGGUGAUGAUCACCAUUAUAACUGAAUGAUAAAUUCACGCACUGUUUUUAAAACACACACUGUUUUUAAAUCACCCUUUCAAAUUACUGGGAAACUUUCUGUUUCCAUCUCCUAGUAUGGAAGGAAUGUCUUCGUGUAUUUCUUCUGCAUUUUUGAAUUAUAGUGAUGUCUUUGCAGUGAGAAUUGUUAUCCCCUGCAUGCUCCAGAGAAAAUCCUUUUCACUUAGGAUGCAGGAUAUCUUGUUUGUAGAGGGUGCUGAUGUUUGUUCUUACAGGGUCUUGGCAGAGUAUGGAGAUUUUCAUGCACCGCUGUCAUCCAAUGCACUUUAGGGUAUAUCUUCACUAUUCAUUUAUACUUAUUCUGUAUCAUUUACCAUGGCUGCUCCCAAUGACUCCUGGCCAUGUGGUAAGGGUGUUUAGAACUUUGUUAGAAAUCCUGAAAAUUCCAUGUAGAACUAUAGCUUUCAGAGUUCUCUAAGAAGAAGAAAUGAUCCAUUUAAGGCAGUUGAAUGCAGCACAUAUCAUAAUGAAAGCUGGACUAUAUCAUAAUGGAUAGAAUGCAUUCUUAAAGGUUUCAGAUUUUUCUGUAAAUCUGAGGUUUUUUUCAGAUUUAUAGAAAGAUCUGACUUGGCUCCAGUUUCUGGAUUUAAGAAUCCGCAAAUAGGACUAAGUUGGGAAUGAGAUACAUUGAUAAGAAAUUUUUAAAAGACCAGGUUCUGACUCAUAUGACAGUAUCAGAGCUUUGAAAACAAACUGAAGAACCUAAAGUACAACUGUGGGUUUUCAAGAGAAAGAGGAAUGGUGAUUCUCCUGUUUGGGUGCUGCCUCUUAGCAGCUUUUGUUGAGUCCUGCAAAUCUCAGCUUUUAUUUUUAAAAAGAAUUAAUUUCUAGUCAUCAUGAGAAGGUAAAGCCUGAAAAUACAUAAGCAGAUGGCAUCUAGAUGAUAUAUCAACUAAUCAGUUGCUCUUUCUGUUCUUACAAACCAUAUCUCAAAACUUUUGAAUUCACUGUUCUCCAGGGCUCCCACCCACCAGUUUGAAAGAAAAAGUUGAAACGUUACAACAAAACCAACUACUCCAACAAAGUGUAUGUGUGUAUCUACAUUUGGUAUGCUGUGUUCCCUGUUGCAGCACACAGAUUUUUGUGAGUUGCAAAAUAUUUAUGAUUUUUUGUUUGCUUGCCCUUCCCCAAGCUACAAGUUCCUCUAAAAAAUAAUUUACUUAGUGAUAUUCUUGUUCAUGUUCUUUCAGCUGUGGUUGUCUUUGACCUUUGCAUGAACCAAGAUGAAGCAGAACUUUAAAAUAAAUGCCUACUAUUAACACUGAAAACUGAA